GUAUAACACACACUUGAAGCUAUUUACAAUCGGCGGGUCACCUGUCCAAUAACACCAGCUACAUCAUGAUGAAUACUAUUGAAUUUUUCACACCUCGACAUCUCAAUUGACUAUUGAGGCCGUUAUCGUCUGUUAUCGUUUGGUUAUAUCCAAGUUAACGGUCAGCAUCACUGACCACAACAGCACGUCAUGGAUCUUGGACUGAAAGGAGUGCAUGUCAUUGUUACAGGGGCAAGUGGCAGUAUCGGGCUAGAGACUGUGAAAUUAUUUUGUGCAUUGGGCGCGAAUGUGACCGCACAUUAUAACUCCAAAUUUGGUCCGAUCCAGGAACUUCUGGCAUCGAACCCCAAUCUUCAACAUGUCCAGGCCAAUCUGUCUCAAGAAGAGGCUGUGAUGGAUAUGUUCGAGUUGCUAGCUGCUAUGCCCCAUGGACCCGUACAAGUGGUGAUCGUUAACCACGCUAUAUAUCCGACUUCAGAUGUUCCAAUCGCAAGGAUGACGUUGUUCCGAUGGAACACCACCAUAACUACGAACUUGACGUCAUCAUUCCUGGUGUGUAGAGAGUAUUUGAAGCACCUUGAACGUGCAUCCUCUACUAUCAAGGAAAAGGCGGCGAUUGUGCUUAUCGGAAGUACUGCUGGGAAGUAUGGCGAAGCUAAUCACGGCGACUACUCUGCGACGAAGAGCGUAAUGAUGUACGGUUUGAACCUCACUCUCAAGAAUGAAAUCGUGAAGAUAGCCCCCAAAGGCAGAGUCAACUGUAUUGCGCCUGGCUGGGUCAAGACACCCAGGACUGAAAAAACCUUGAAGGAUCCUCAGGCAGUGUAUCGUGUAUUGGCUACGAGUCCGCUUAAGAAGGUGGCGAUGCUGAUCGACGUCGCGACGCAGAUUGUGGUCCUUGCAUCAUCCACUCUCUCCGGUCAUGUCACUGGUCAAGUAGUGAUGGUUGAAGGUGGGAUGGAGGGAAGAUUGCUAAACAGACCAGAAGAUUUGCAGAGAUGUUGAGCCGGGUUUUUUCAUGAAUGCCUUGUCCAAAUCUGUAAUAUGUAGAAGAUGAUGAAGUGCUUGAAUUCUGCGCAUG